AGCCGAUGGACAGACAGACGGACUGAACGGAGAACAGCUGCAGGUAGAAAAACUCACGCACUGUCUAGAAUCAGGAAGUUUGUUCAGGUGAGAAACACCUGAAGAAGAUCAGCUGCUGUUUAUGCAUCAACAGUUUACCUGCUCAGGCCUACUGUUAGAGGCUGAUGAUGGACCACAAACCUGAGACCCAGAAAAUGACCACGUACCUGCCAGGCAGCCCGACCUCAGAGACCCAGAGACUGGCUCCGCCCACACGACCAGGGUGCAGCUGGCUGGUCGUCAUGGCAGCGGUGGCGGCGUCGCUGAGCGGCCUGAUGUUGGGCUAUGAGAUGGGGCUGACGUCUGGCGUCCUGCUGCAGCUCCGCGGCGUCCUGUCGCUGUCCUGCCGGGAGCAGGAACUGCUGGUCGGCUCCCACCUGCUGGGCGCUCUGCUCAUCUGCCUGGCCGGAGGUCCCAUCCUGGACCACUACGGCCGCCGCUGCUCGCUGCUGCUGAGCGCCGCCCUGGUGGUGGGAGGAACCGUGGUCCUCGUGGCCGUCACCUCACUGGCGGCGCUCACGCUGGGCCGGCUGAUUGUCGGCAUGGGAACCGCCCUGUCGGGGACGGCGGCGUGUCUCUACAUCGCAGAGAUCUCGCCGCGGGAGAGGCGGGGCCUGCUGGUGACGCUGUACGAGCUGAUGCUGGUGGUCGGCGUGAUGCUGGGCUUUGGCUGCAGCUACGCCUUCGCCUCGCUGCCCCGCGGCUGGACCUACACUUUCGGACUGGUCGUCCCACCGGCACUGCUGCAGAUCGGAGCGCUGCUGUUCCUGCCGCUCAGCCCUCGCUUCCUUGUGGCCCAGGGGAGGGUGGAGCAGGCCAAGGUGGUGCUGGCCAGGCUGAGGGGCGGAGUCAGCGACCAGGUGGAGGCGGAGCUGAGGGACAUCCAGGUGGGGCUGAAGGAGGAGUCAGAGCACAGCUUCUGGGAGCUGUUCAGCAGUAAAGCUAACCUGCGGCUGCGCCUCCUAACGGGCAUAGCUCUGGUGUUCCUGCAGCAGGCGACCGGCCAGCCCAACAUCCUGUCCUACGCCUCGCCGCUCCUCCGCAGUGUCGGCUUCAACAGCGACGCCGCCGCCACGCUGGCCUCCACUGGCUUCGGCGUGGUCAAAGUGGUGUUCACCGUCCCCGCCGUGCUGCUGGUGGACCGGGUCGGGCCCAAGAGCUUCCUGUGUGUGGGCGCCGUGGCGAUGGGGAUGUCUUUAGCCACCCUGGGAACUCUGACUCUGCAGAGCCACACCCACCUGACCAGCCUCUGUAAGAGCCACACCCACCUGAACCACACCCACCUGCUCUGGGAUCUGAACAGAACUGUUCUGGACCAGAACGACCUGGACCUUUACUCUACUCAGCUCCCGCCUGAGUGGAUCAGCGAGGAGGUGGCGAGGGCAGAGGACCAAUCAGGAGGAAGGACUCAUAUGGAGGUGUCGUCAUCACUGAAGUGGGCGUCGCUAAUCAGCCUGCUGCUGUAUGUAGCGGCCUUCUCCAUCAGCCUGGGGCCAAUGGUGUACGUGGUCCUCAGUGAGAUUUUUCCGAUGGGAGUUCGAGGUCGAGCUGUUUCUGUGGUGUCAGCUGUGAACUGGGCCACAAACCUGCUCAUCUCCAUGACCUUCCUCACCAUCACAGAGAAGAUCGGCGUUCCCAACAUCAUGUUCCUCUAUGCCGCCAUGAGCUUCGUCCUGCUGGUCUUCGUCAUCCUCUGCGUCCCAGAGACCAAAGGCCGAACCCUGGAGGAGAUCUCCAAAGAGCUGGCUAAGAAGAAGAACUUCCAGCUGAGGAUCUGCAGGAAGGUUCAGCCCAAAGAGAGUCUGAUCAGGAUCAAGAGUCCAGCGGUGGUCUGAGUCAGCACGGACUUUUAUUACCGCAGUAAAGCACUACAGAUCUCCUGUCUUCAUCCACAGCUGGUCCUCGUCCUGCAGCUGCUUCCUUCAGUGUUUGUGGAUUCAUCAGAUUUAAACUCUCAGGGUCACAACCAGGAUUGCAUCGUGUAGAAUAAACACACACUGACGGCCACAAUGCUAAAGCCAGCUGCUGAAGGUCCUCUCUGAUUGGUCCAAAAAGGUUUUCUCUGUUAUGUUUAUGAUUGUCUUGCAUCAUUUUACGGUUUGUGGUCAUUUUUGUCUCUGGGGUUGUUUUGCAUCUCUUUGUGGUAUUUCAUUGUCCAUUUGUGGUCAUGUUGCAUCUUUUUAAGGAUUCUUUGUGGUUGUUUUUGUCUCUUUGAGGUCAGUUUUCAUCUCUGAGGUGGUUUUGCAUCUUGUGGUCAUUUUUCUAUGUAGUCUUGUUUCGUCUUUGUGCUUGUUUUAUAUUUCUUCAUAAUUUGGUUACUCUUUAUGACUUCUUUGUGGUUAUUUUGUGUCAUGGUUUUUUGCUAAUUUUUUCCAACUAAUGGACAUUUUGCGUCUCUUUAUUUUCGUAUUUCAUUGUUUUUUAAUUUUUCAUCUUUCAGUUUUUUUAAUCGUUUUGUGUCUCUUUUGUUCAGUUCUAAUGACUUCAGACACUACCGACUCACCAAACACUCUGAUCUAGUUGUCCACCAUCACAGUAUCUCUCUCAGACCUUUUACCUGUUUUUACCUGCUGUUUCAUAGAUCUCCCUGCUGGUUGCUGCCAUGGUAACCAGUGGUUUUAAUGUUGUGGCUCGUUGGUGUGUUUUCUACCAGAUUUUACUCCCCACAAUCAAACUGAACAUAGUCUUUUAAUUUCAUUAUUUUUUUCCAGAAAACUUUAUGCUGUAGAGACACUAAUCACCACCCAUUCCUGAUCCUUUCACAAUAAAAGCACCUCCUCCUCAGGAACGAGAAGUGAAACCUCAUCAGGUCUGCAGUGAGAAAAUCUAAGUUAGAAGUUUGAAAAGACGUUUUGUAGUUGUGAUGCCAAAAUGUGUACUUAAUAAUAACUAACAUAAAGAGGAAUGUUUUAAAUCCUGCGCUGGACGAUCGGUUCACGGUUAAAGCGGCACUUUUUCGACGUGUUUUAGUGAAAGCUGUAGAACUGCUGCUGCUCUGAGACCAAUGGACAGAAAACAUGCCAAGGCCUUUUCAUCCAACUUUAUUUUUAUACAAAAUACAAAAAAAUUCAAGUGUUCUCCCUGUCACGGGUUAUUUACAUACGUGUUGCUGCUGCUGCCGUUUCUCUGCUGCAGCUCUGGACAGUUUCUAACCUCCUGAUUCAAUAAAAAGCUUCUUUUUCUGAAUGUUAAUAAAGCAGCAGCUGUGUUCAGUGAAAGCCGAGGA